AAUUGUGACGGAUUGCAUUUCAGCAAGGACUCUGAAUAGUGACCCGUAUCGACUUGGAAACAUGGAUAUCAAAGUAAGGUGGAGGGGUCUCCUUGUGGCACUGCUUUACGGCCAACUGCAGGACUGCCACUGUGGAGUUCGUGAACGCACCCUGGGAAGGGAUGGUGGAUGUCGAACAGAAGGAGGUUACACGCUCGAGGACGGGGAGGAGUUAAGCGCGGAACACCCCUGCGAACGCUACAAGUGCCGUGACGGGGAACUUACGACGGAAAGGUGUCGUCUGGCUUCCGAUAGAAUGUGUCGUCAGGUGUUUACAGGAGUGGGAGCGUACCCUCUCUGCUGCGGCCGUGCAGUGAUUUGCACUUGAAACGCCAAACAAAAAUUCCGAAACAAAGCAAGAACCACGGAAUUCAAGCGAAACCAAAACGUUCGCCGCUUCCUUAUUUUUUUUUUCUUUUGAGGGGCCUUCCUUUGGUUGAGAAAAGCCUCGAAAACUCAAGCUACUGAUGCACCGUCACGACUCAGGGUUUAAUAAAAAGAAUGUCCCGUUC